GGCGCGCCCUUCCCUGUCCUGGAGUGGGACGCUCAGCGAACACACACCCCCACAGUCACCUUUGCGCGCUCGUCCGGGGCCGGCCGGCACACAGCGCACCCCAGCGGCCGCGUGGCUGCCUUCUAGUCCUGGCCACUAGGCUUCCGCCGAGCUCGCCAGUCGCCGCCGCGCGCGCCUCGGAAUCUGGGGACUCGAGAGCCUGCGAGAGCCAGUCUCAGCCAGACCCCAGGGAGAGCGCGGGGCUGCGGCACCCCGCCCCGCCCGCCACACCUGGGAGCGGUGAGGACCGGGAGAGGCGGGGCGCGGCAGGAGGCUGGCCCGGUGCCUGAGCAGCGCCGCCGAAAGCCGGCCGGACUGGAGCGGGGCGAAGGGGGAGGGUCUCGAGGCCGAGUCCAGCUCCUCCGAGGGAGGGACCCCAGCUGGGGUGGAAAACCUGCACGGGGGAGCCGCAGAGACGCGCCGCGCUGAUCAUGGAGUGGGCCGGCCCCGGCUCCGCGCGGCCGCAGCAGCAGUGGGACCAGGAAUCGGUCGAAGCGUGGCUGGACGAUCACUGGGACUUUACCUUCUCUUACUUUGUUAGGAAAGGCACCAGAGAAAUGGUCAAUGCAUGGUUUGCUGAGAGAGUUCACACCAUCCCUGUGUGCAAGGAAGGCGUCAGAGGCCACACGGAAGCUUGCUCUUGCCCCUCGCAGCAGAGUCCCCGUGCAGAGAGCAGCGUCCCUGGAACACCAACCAGGAAAAUCUCCGCCUCCGAAUUUGAUCUGCCUCUUAGACCCAUUGUCGUCAAGGAUUCUGAGGGAACUGUGAGCUUCCUCUCUGACUCAGAAAAGAAGGAACAGAUGCCUCUAACCCCCCCAAGGUUUGAUAGUGAUGAAGGGGACCAGUGCUCAAGACUCUUGGAAUUAGUGAAAGAUAUUUCUAGUCACUUGGAUGUCACAGCCUUAUGUCACAAAAUUUUCUUGCACAUCCAUGGACUCAUCUCCGCUGACCGCUAUUCCCUGUUCCUUGUCUGUGAGGACAGCUCCAACGACAAGUUUCUUAUCAGCCGCCUCUUUGAUGUUGCAGAAGGUUCAACACUGGAAGAAGCUUCAAAUAACUGUAUCCGCUUAGAGUGGAACAAAGGCAUCGUGGGACAUGUGGCUGCUCUUGGUGAGCCCUUGAACAUCAAAGAUGCAUAUGAGGAUCCUCGGUUCAAUGCAGAAGUUGACCAAAUUACAGGCUACAAGACACAAAGUAUUCUUUGUAUGCCAAUUAAGAAUCAUAGGGAAGAGAAUGGUUAUACAAGUGUUCAGUUCAGAAAUUGGUGGUAGUCAUCUCAAAUAUUGAAAGUGGGGAGGUCCUUGACAGAUGGCAGUUUGAUAUUGAGUGUGACAAGACUGCAAAAGAUGACAGUGCACCCAGAGAAAGGUCUCAGAAAGCUAUCCAAGAUGAAAUCCGUUCAGUGAUCAGACAGAUCACAGCUACAAGUGACAUUUCUGCCACUGUUGGAAGUUUCUUUUUAGGUUCAUUUGAUCUCCUGAUUUAUACAGACAACGAUUUGGUUGUACCUGAAAAAUGGGAAGAGUCGGGACCACAGUUCAUUACCAAUUCUGAGGAAAUUCGUCUUCAUUCAUUUACUACUACAAUUCACAAAGUAAAUAGCAUGGUAGCCUACAAAAUUCCUGUCAACAACUGAGGAUGAGAUAAAGACAGUAUAAUGUACUUGUAUUCUCAAAUGUGGUUUUCCUGAAACCAAAUCAACUGUAGUUGAUAUGUUUUAUUUCAUUGGUUAAUUUUUAGAUGGGGAAAACUUAACAUUAUGCUUUACUGAAUCUGUGCAUAAUCGUUCCAUUCCUUGGUACCUGUUUCACUUUCCAUAGGGUUGACGUAAGUUAUUGCACACUGUUCCAAAGGGAACUAGCAGAUUACAUCAGCAUUGUAAUGUCAGU